AUGCGGUCCACCGUCAACGCCUUUGCAGCCCCCCUGCUGCUCGGUUCCACUCUCGUUUAUGCCGCAUACAUCCAUCCAGACGCCGCCCUCCAAGACUCGGUGCUGCGCAAGCGACAGGACAACGAUGGAUGGGGAGAGCUGGGCGUUGUAACUGGAACGAUAUCCCUCACGACUGUACGCCCUACCAACCCCGCCGCCGCCGUUACGAACCAGGGCUCUGGAAACCCAGACUCGACUCCUCUACCCAAUGCCGCGGUCGCGGCCACGGUCGACUCUCAGUCUCACGAUUCUGCUACGGACCAUGCUACGAAUACAGAUACCGUUCAUACGACUUCCGGAACUCUAUCCAAUUUCUCUAUUUUUACUCAUUCCAGCUCUCCUUCUGUCGCCUCUAUCCCCACUGCUCUUGCUCCUUCCCCAGGUGCUGCGGAAUCCACUGGCGUCCAAAACCGCGGAGUUUUGGUCGGCAUCGUCGUCGGUGGUGUCGUCUUUGGUUGUCUCGCGCUCACCGUUGGACUUUGGCUUUGCUACCGUCGCCGUGGACCCACAUCCGGUGCUUCAACUCCUCGGUACACAACCCCAGUCGUGGGCGACGAGAAAUCGCGGUCGCCAUUGGCAUUUUUGCGCAAAGGUGGCAACCUUCCAUGGAAAAAGGGUCAUGUCCGUGUCAAAUCGUCCAUGUCGUUCGCGUCGCCAAUUAUUGGAGACGAGCCAAAUAUGGUCGAGACACCGUCUGCCAACUCUCGUGCACCCCUCGCGGCCCAUCUUGGCGGCGGAGGCGGAAACGCUGGCCGCGAUACCUGGAACGGCCGGUGGAGUACGUUUAGCACGAGCGACGGCAGUGCGUACCCUCAAACCCCGGUGAACAAUACCCUCCCGCUUUCUGGUGUCUUGAUGGAGACGGUCGUGGAGAGCGAUGCUCCCUCGACCCCUCGACCAGCACCUGGCCCGUUACGAACAAAUUCGGAAUACCUCCAACUGCAGCGCUCGUCCAAUGACAGCGUGUUUGCCAUCCCACCCGCAAAAGAGCAAUCGCCUCACCUCCCACCGUUGGGUGCUACGCGCUACUCGACCUACCGAGAGGAGGAUGCUACCAUGUCUCCGAGCACUCCCACCUCGAGUGGUGCGCUCACCUUUGGAUCUGCCGGUCAUGGUGGUCCUACGCACUAUCAACGAAUGAGCGAUCGCACCGUCACCUCGCAGCCCUAUAGUUCGGGUCUGUACUCGACCACCAACAGCUCGCACCCAGGAAACCAUAGUACUGUUCUGCUCACGACGAAACCCAAGUUCAAUCCGAUCCACCACAAUGGGUCCGGCAACGUCUCGACACGGCAGGGCAGCACGGGCAGUGGUAGUGGUGGAGAUGGUGCGACAAUCAGGAUCACGAACCCCUUCUUGGAUGACGACGACCUGAGUUCGUACGGACACGGGAUUGUCGAAGCGAGCAGCGACGUAGACGACUCACGCUCGAUUCAGUCCAUGGAAAGCGGCGCGUUUGGCGCGUACCCGUCCUCUGCAGGAUGUAUGCCUCUCCCAUCCAACUCGAAGCAUGGCGCUCUCAGCCCUAGCCCGACCCCAGAUGCCGAGCGGAGCAGUACAAGCAGCGACACCGCGAGCGCGCCCAUGACCCGUCCUCGUUCGUCGUUGAUCUCUGACGCAUCGAGUGAUUAUCCCUAUCCCAUGGGGUACGCGGUCGACCCGGAUGGCAACGUUGCAAAUCCCUUUUUGCGCAUCUCGGAGUUGCUUGAGGAAGUUGACGGAAGAAUGCGAUGGCCAUCACCCCCAUUACUAAAUCGCUCCGAGAGCAGGAAUUAUUGA